ACGCACCCUCAACAUCAACAACAGCUUCCGUUCCGUCCGGUUUCUGCAAUAAUACUUCCGGGUUCGAUGUGGUAUCAGACUUUUUUUAUAUCUGCAAAAACGCAAGGAGGUGGUGGAAUGAACUUUCUGUAGAUGUCCAUACAGCCGAAUUACUGGCAAUGUUUAAUCAACGACUAAAGACCUAGGAUCUAUCCAACAACAGAAACUUCAAAGCACUUUCAUAAGCCUGCCAAAUACCUUAAUGUAAUGUAAGGACAGGACAGGAUGACUUCAUUCUGCUGGAAUAGGAAGAUUGGUGAGAAGGUUUCCAAGGCAGCAGUGCAGCAAUUUGAAGCAGACUCAGCAAAUGUGGAGGAUAAUAUAGAGUUGGAAGGAGUUGAUUGGCUACAUGCAAUUAAGCGCAAGCGUGAAGUACUGCUGGAGGACUGUGCCACCAAGAGCAAGAGACUAAAGGAUGAGGGCGCACUGUUGGCUGAGCAAAGCAAACAUCGGCAAGCGUUGAGAAAAUGGGAUGAGGCUAUUCAGCUGACUCCAGAAGAAGCUAACCUUUAUGAGAUGAAGUCACAGGUGCUGACUGUUCUUCAAGAGGUCUUCCCUGCAGUGCAGGCUGCAGAGAUGGCAGUCAAACUUCGUCCUAUGUGGUGGGAGGCAUGGCAGACUUUAGGCCGUGCCCAACUUAACCUUGGAGAGAUAGAGCUUGCUGUACGUUCCUUCCAGGUGGCACUGCACCUGCAUCCAUUAGAGCGUACCCUGUGGGAAGAAGAUUUGAGAUGGGCAUUACAUCUGCGGGAACAGAAACAUACUGUGCAGCAGAAAACCAUUCAGGAUGAUCAGACUAAAUUUAUGAAUGAAGUCCCAGAGCUGCAACAAGAUUAUGAGGACUUUGAGAGUGAUGCUGUCAUAGCUGCCUGCACAGCUGUAGCAGACCGCCAGAAAAGAGAGUUGUCAAAGAAGAAUGUCAUUGUGGAUGUGCAAGGUGGUACCAAUGAAUUGGAUAUCAGGAAUUCUGACACAAAUCCUUCCAAACAUAUUUUAGUUAAAGCAAGAGUAAUAUAAGUGAUAAUGCUAAAUUACUGUAUAAUUUUUUAAGAAAAAUGCAUAGAGAAUAAUUUUAUCAUUGGAGUGUACAAACUGUUUGUUUAAAAAACAAAAAACACCUGCAACCCUAAACACAAGUCAUGAUUUAUUCACUUCCUGUAGUUGGGGUCACUUCAGGGUCAAACCACUUACUGCAGUGAAAUUGUGCUGGACUUCCAAAUGUUGUUCAUACGCUGUCAGAUUAAUGUUGUGUGCAAUUGCCGUCUUCUCAAAUGCCCACGUGAACCAUACCAAAAGGACAAAUGCAACAGGGUUUAUUUCAAACAAACUAUAUAAGCACUUAAAUUGGGUGAAGUUGAAUUUAAACAUGAAUUAACAUUUUGUAUCUCAAAGGAUGUUUAUUUAUGUUAUGUAUUACAGCUAACAAAAUAAAAUAUUUAAUGACCCUCUAAGAAAAA